GCCCCGCCCGCCGCACGCGCGCGAAGCGCGGCAGCGUCAGCUCCGUGAGCCCGCCGCCGCUCCACCGCGGCCACACGCAGCCGCUGAUCAUCCCCGGGAACAGCCUCGGCGGGAUGAACGGGAUGGGCCCGGGGAGCGCCCGCGGCCCCGCGAGCCCGCUCGGCCUCCAUGGCAGCGGGUGGUUCGUGCCCGGGGGCCAGGGCGAGUUCAGCCUGCCCACGCCGGACUCCGUGCAUGGUGAGUCUCUCGAGCUGUAUGUUGGGUGGUAACGCGUGCUGACGGCUCUGCGACGGCGCAGGCGGCUUCUCGGCGUUCACGGGCGCGUCGUCGCUGCCCGCGAACCACGGCGGGCUCGGCGUGUCGCCGAAGGACGUGUCCGCGGCGGGGAUGCUGGGGAAGUCGCUGACCCUGCCCGCGCUGAACGGCGCGCCCGGGGAGAGCCCGCCGGGUGCGGACCUCGCGUCGAAGCAGGCGCUGAUCGCGAACGAGAAGCGGCGCCGCCGGAGGGAGAGCCACAACGCGGUGGAGCGGCGGCGGCGGGACAACAUCAACGAGAAGAUCAGCGAGCUCGCGACGCUGAUCCCGGAGUGUCUCUUGGAUCCGAAUGGUGCGUCCGAUCUGUGCGCGCUGCGGUUGUGCGAAGAAGCUAAUUUGCGUCUGUGUGUUUUCCUUGUUUUGAUGUGCCCUCGGCUUCUGGGACGGCAGCGACGCUGACGAUGCCCGCGUCGCUCUCUGCGUCGUCGGACGACCUCCUGUUUGGCGCGAUCACGGGGGGCUCUGCGCCUGGUGCCGCCGCCGCCGCCACUCCCGCUGCGACGAAUGGGAGCGCGGGCGGGGCGAAGAAGGAGGAGAAGGACGGGAGCGCGGAGCCGGAUGAUAAGGACGGGCCGGAUGGCGGGGCGGGGGGCGUGAAGGCGAAUAAGGGGAUGAUCUUGAGGAAGAGCGUCGAGUAUAUUCGGUGAGUGUUUUCCUUCGAGUUUCGUUCCGUGGCGGGGCGACCUUUUUCUCACUUGAUCCUCGUGUCACACACAUGGAGAACCGAAUGCUGAUGCGUGUUUCGCACCCAGGUACCUCCAGCAACUCGUUUCCGCCCAGGCCUCGCGCAACCGCGACCUCGAGCAGCAGCUCCAGCCUUCCGCUCGCCCUCCGCCUC